CUUUACGGUGUGACACCAGAGGUCCUUCUGGGAAAGGAAGGCCCAUGUGGUUACUGAACGGCCACAAACUUUGGCACUUUAGUUCGCUUUAAUUUGCUGUUUUGUGGUGUUUGAAUGUUGGUGUAGCUGUUUUCUGCGAAGAUGCUGUUAGCAGCGCUGGAGGGGGAAGAGACGGCUGUCUUUAAAGCUGUUGCCGCCUCUGUGCAGAUUCAGGUGGAGCCGGUGGGGCGAUGGUUUGAGGCCUACAUGAGGAGGAGGAAUAGGAAUGUGUCUGCGUCCUUUCAAGAGCUAGAGGAUGAAGAAGAGCUUUCCGAGGAGUCUGAGGAUGAGGAGUUUCAACUGGAGGAGCACCCGCUGCUCCGAACGCUCGACCCCAAAGAAUGGAAGAAUCAAGAUCACUAUGGCGUUCUCGGCCUCCCCCACUUGAGAUAUAAAGCUACACAGAAACAGAUCAAAGCUGCCCACAAGGCAAUUGUAUUGAAACACCAUCCAGACAAAAGGAAAGCUGCAGGAGAGCAGAUUGUUGAGGGAGAUAAUGACUACUUUACCUGUAUAACUAAAGCUAUGGAAAUCCUGUCUGACCCUGUGAAGAGAAGAGCCUUUGACAGCGUCGACCCCACCUUUGACAACACUGUGCCUUCAAAGAGUGAUGGCAAAGAAAACUUCUUUGAGGUGUUUAGGCCUGUGUUUGAGAGAAAUGCCAGGUGGUCUUCCAAAAAGCAUGUACCCAAACUCGGAACGCUGGAGUCCUUGUUUGAAGAAGUGGAUAAUUUUUACUCUUUUUGGUACAAUUUUGAUUCCUGGAGAGAAUUCUCAUACUUGGAUGAAGAGGAAAAAGAAAAGGCUGAAUGUCGAGAUGAGAGGAGAUGGAUUGAAAAGCAGAAUCGUGCUUCCAGAGCUCAGAGGAAAAAGGAGGAGAUGAACAGAAUACGAACACUAGUUGAUACGGCCUACGGCUGUGAUCCCAGAAUAAAGAAAUUUAAAGAAGAAGAAAAGGCUAGGAAAGAAUCGGAGAAGAAGGCGAAAGCCGAGGCUAAGAAACGAGAACAGGAAGAGAAGGAACGUGCUCGACGAGCAGAGAUGGAGGCAGCCCGUUUGGCGAGGGAGAAGGAAGAGGAGGAGGCUAAACAGUUAGCCCAGCAAGCCAAGAAAGAGAAGGAGAUCCAGAAGAAGGCAAUCAAGAAGGAGAGACAGAAACUCAGGACUACAUGCAAGAACUGGAAUUACUUUGCUGACAAUGAAGUGGACAGCGUGAAAAUGAUGGAGGAAGUGGAGAAGCUUUGUGAUCGACUGGAACUUACAAGUCUGCAAUCCCUCAAUGAAAUUUUGACAUCAGGUUCAAGAGAAGACAGCAAGACUGCAGUGGAGAAGCAGGUGCAGGAAGUGAACGCUCAGCUGCAGAAGGAGCGGGAGGCAGAGGUCAAGGCCAGGCAGGCGGCUCGCAGCGCUGAGCAGGCCAGCGGAGGAAGCGGAGCCGGCGGGAAGGGCUGGAAUGAGGACGACCUCCAACUGCUCAUCAAAGCAGUCAACCUGUUCCCUGCUGGAACCAAUGCCAGAUGGGAAGUUAUAGCCAACUAUAUGAACUUACACUCAACCACCGGCAUAAAAAGGACAGCCAAAGAUGUCAUCAACAAAGCCAAAAACCUACAACGGUUAGAUCCAGUACAGAAAGAUGAGAUUAACAAAAAGGCCUUUGAGAAGUUCAAGAAAGAGCACGCAGCAGUGCCACCGUCCAUCGACAACGCCGUGCCCUCGGAGAGGUUUGAAGCUGCUGGUGGUGAUGCUGCUGCACCCUGGACCACAGAGGAGCAGAAACUUCUGGAGCAAGCGCUGAAAACCUACCCGGUCAGCACGCCCGAGCGGUGGGAAAAGAUCGCUGCUGCCGUCCCCGGACGAACCAAGAAAGACUGUAUGAAGAGGUACAAGGAAUUGGUGGAGAUGGUUAAAGCCAAGAAAGCUGCACAGGAGCAAGUUGCAACCAAAACUAAAAAAUGACAGCCACAAGAGACAAUAGUAUGUUAUUUUAACAUUAAUGUGUUGGUGUUUAUUUUUUAAUAAAA